UCGAGUUUGCCUACAAGAGUUUUUUAGCACUAACACACUGAUUUCAAACACGUUUCGUUUCCAAAUAAUUGUUAUUAAUUGAAAUACAUAUUUGCAAUCAAAUCCAAGAACGAUGUUGAGGGUAACACAAACGAAAAAUACCCUGCUGGAUGGGGCCACCAUAGCAGAAGAUCUAUACACAACGCCAAAGGACUGCGAAGAGGGCUUCGAGAGCCUCGAGUUGCCGGGCAAGAACCCAACAAAACUAAUCCCACGUUCAACAUUUGUGCGCGCUGGAGUUCUGACAACGGUGCGGGGCUCCGCUUAUAUGGAGUAUGGCAACACAAAAGUCCUGGCCAUUGUGGCGCCUCCACACGAGCUGAUGCGCGCCAGUGCCCGCCGCAUGAACAUGGGCGUCAUCAAUUGCUUUGUAAACUUUGCGGCCUUUGCCACCGGGGAGCUGGAGUCGGUGCCGGAGCGCGAAAAGCAUCUGGGCAGCAUGUUGACCAAGGCGCUGGAGCCAGUUGUCUGCCGGACAGAGUUCCUCAACUUCCAGCUGGACAUCCGAGUGCUGAUACUGGACGACGACGGCUGCCUGCUCAGCACGGCCAUCAACUGCUGCGGCGUGGCGCUGGUCGAGUGCGGCAUCUCCACCUUUGACCUGAUCACAGCCUCCACGGCAUGCAUUUAUCGCGACAAUGUGUUUCUCAAUCCGAGUGCCAAGGAGGAGGAGCUGCUGCGCAAGCAUCGGGGAGGACACGCGCUGGCAGGCAGCGACUGCAGCAGUCCCACGGCCGCCAUCCAAGAGCACGGCCUGAUCACCACGGCCAGCAUGGACACCUUUGAGCAGGUGGCCCAGUGCCAGCAGGGUGGCUAUCUCAGUUCUGGCACUUACGUGAAACUGCUCGACUACACCCUGACCAUUAACAAGUCGCUACGUCAGAUAAUACGCCGCGUACUAACGACGCGCGUCAAGGAGCAGCACGAACUCGAUGUACGCGAGAAGGCCGAGAGCGCCCUGGAAGAUCAGCGCCUGGCGGAGAUCAUUGAGCGCCUCAAGCAGCAGGGUUUGGAUGAGUUUAUCCAGAGCAACAUCAAGGAGGAUCCAUUUGUCAAGAGAUAAAUAAAGUGUUUCCCCAACAGAUAAGAAAAGAUAAGGAAAACUUAUUAUCCAAA